AUGAUUGAGAAGAAUACUACGAGGUUGAGCAAGGCCUUGGAUAUUAUAGAGCAGGCAUGUGACAAUUGCAGGUUGAAGAAGCUUAAGUGCUCGAAGGAGACGCCUAAGUGUAGUAAGUGUUUGAAGAAUGGUAUGAAGUGCUUGUAUUCUCCCAAAGUGAAGAGAUCACCUCUGACAAGGGUUCAUUUAACGCAGACUGAGAAUAAGUUGGAGAAAUUGGAAAGAUUGUUCAUUGAGUUGUUCCCCGAUGAGAAUGUGGAAAAUCUGAUCCAUGUCAUGGAUUCGAAGGACGUGAUGAAGCUACGAGAUUUGAAAUUGAAAAUGGCCCAAAUUGUACAUUCUGAGGAAUCGAACCAAAAGAGCAAAAGUACUUAUAAUGUGACUAAAAAGAAGAUAAUACCAAAUGAACCAAUUGGCAACGAAAUACCGAUGAGAACGGGAUAUAUCCAUCAGCAUUCGUUACCAAAGGAACCACUUUAUGGUUUCGAUUGGAAUGAAGAAGAUAAUGAAUCAAUGACGACCGUGGAUGGAAUGUGUCUACUGAAUGGAGAUUUGGAUAAUAAAGGUUAUUUCGGUGCAGACUCUCAAAUAUCUCAACUAAGAUCGGUAGGUUUUGAUUCUAAUAAUUUCUUAUCACAAAUAACAAGAAGGCCUGCACCUGUUAUUGAUAGCUAUACCAUGAGUUCCAGGACGAUGACUUCAAAAUUUAUUCAAAGCUAUUUUGACAAUUUCCACAUUUACUAUCCAAUAGUUAAAAAAGACUUUUUUUUACGCAUAUAUAACAAUGGGAACCAUUUAACAGGACCAAACGAUAAACAGGUUUGGCAACUGCUUUUAAAUAUUGUAUUGGCCAUUGGUGCAUGGUGCGUAGAUGGAGAUGCCACGGAAAUAGAUUUAUUUUAUUAUCAAAGUGCUAAAUCUCAUUUGACUGGUAAACUUUUUGAAUCUGGUUCAACCCGAUUAGUUGUUUGUUUUUUCUUAUUGUCCAAAUAUGCACAGUGGAGACAAAAAUCAAACUCUGCUUACCAGUAUAUUGGUCAUUCUCUAAGGUUAGCCACUUCAUUGGGACUUUACAAGGAGCUACCGAACACUAUCCAAGAUAAGUUAGCCAUAGAACAACGAAGGAGGACUUGGUGGAGUAUUUUCAAUCAAGAUUUUAAAAUAUCCUUAUUGUUUGGUAGACCUUUACAAUGUUCUUUACCAUUCGAAGAGAUAACAAUCAAUUUACCCACCCCAAUAAACGAUGAUAAAUUCCAUUUCUUGACCAAUGCAAAUAAUACAAUACCUACCAUUUAUGAUGAAACCAUUCAUAUGGUUAAAUUAUAUCGAUUAUUUUAUGACCAUGCUACGCCGUUGAACACAUUAAGUAUUAGUGACAUUAUCAGAAUUUCCAAUAAGAUAAAGGCAUUUUCUAAUGACUUGCCAUAUUUUUUGAAAGUAAUACCAGACUCCCAUAAUAAUUUACAUCCAAAUCCAUCACAUCCAUGGGUAAAUUUCGCAAAACAUUCAAUAUUUUGGGAGCAACAAUCGCUAAAUUUAUACGUCUUGAGAAAUUUGAAAUUCUCCAAGGACGAUUCCACAGAAGAUUUAAGAGAUUGUGAAAAGUUAUUAUUUGAAAUACCGCAGAAUUUGAUUGAUUCCAUAUCUCAUUAUAUUGCGGCAACGGUUCUUCAGCCACUCCAGUCUUGGAACUGUAUCUUUUAUUUAUUUAAUGCUGCUUUACUUCCAUUGACCAUUUUAUUAUCAAAUAUGAAGAAUAAGGGAGUUAGCUCUAAAAUUUCCUCAAAAUGUUAUACUCAAUUGAGGAAGAUUCUAGAAAUACUGAAGGGGAUUAAGAAUUUUGAGAUAUCAAGCUGUGAAAAGUUUAUUCAAAUUUUAGCUCAAAUAUGUACGGAAAAUAAUGAUACUUCAACCUCCACAGGAGCCGAUGAUUCGUAUGAUGAAAUGCACAAUGAAAAGGAAUCACCAAUGACAAGCAACCAUGAGUUCCAUAAUAGCAUAACAGAAAUUACUAUUAACCACCACAGCAAGAAUGAGUCUAUAAGUAAAAAUAUACCACAACCCAUGACACCAAGUGGAAUGUCAUCAAUCGCAUUGACGCCGAAUUUAUUGAACUCUCCACCUGUUUCAUUCAGGACAAAUGAACUUAGUUUUACAGAUCUAAUGAGGACGCUCCCUCAAAAGAAUAAGUCUCGUUCGAAUGAUAUGAGUCCAAGAUUAGAAGCAAUCUCACCAAAAUCACAACCUAAACAUAUUGGAACUAUAGAUUCGAUAAUGCAAAAACCUCAUCAAUUGCCCCCACUGAAUGAAGGUAUUCCCUUAACACAUCCAACCUACUUUCACAAUGGCAAUACUACACAGCCCUCGCCUCAAUCUACUUUUCCCUUUUUAAAACCAGCAGUACCUGUCAAUGCUCCGAGAGAUUAUAACUCAACGAAGAAGAAUGUUCAAGAUGAUGUGGACCCGACAUUUAAUAUGGAAAGGCAGAGUUCUGCAACAACUUCGAUCUUCCCGUCUUGGAACAGUUCUUCUGGACUUACUGAAGAUAUGGGGACCUUUGGUGACCCUAUAGGUGCAACUUCACCUAUACCAUCCACUGGGUUUGGAAUCCCAGGAGGUCUUUUUAAUACGACGACUAUUGAUGACGUUUAUAACUAUUUAUUUGAUAAAUAA